AUGACGCACGCAAACAACGGAUUCAGAGGCAAUUUUCUCAGCCGCUCAGGGGUUAUUCAUUCAGCUUCCCGGCGCCCGCCACUCGUAGGCGCAUUUUCUUGGACAAGCAACUCCAUUAACAACAUGAAUAACCUAAGUGCUGUCGGUUGUGUCGGAUCAGCCUUGAAUCAAUCCAGUAUGGGUUCCAGUGAGCUAGCUACGUACGUCAAUUCAAGGGGCCAUUCGCCAGCUGGAAUAUGCCCCAAAGGGCAGUACACUUCAGUAGCAUCUACAGCCCCCCUAUUGUCGCUUAGUUCUUCUGGUGGGAUUCAGAUAUCUGGACCGACAGGGAAUGCGAGUACUCCAGCAAUCACAAAGAUGCUAGCAGGGCUAGUGCUUGAACCAUCUGAAAUGUCCGAGAGACGCAACCAUAACCUCAAUGGACUUUCAUUUUCAAGCAAGGUUAUUUAA